AUGACGAUGAAAGGCCUGUCUAGCAGCCGUAGUCACCACAACACGGUGACCUGCGACCCCUCUUAUGACUCCAUGACCCUGGGGCACUCGGACCGUCGGUCCUACUUCCUCAACCCUGGGGAAGCUCAUCCGACUGACCGGCCCUGCUUCACCCAGCGUAACUCCUUCCAGUCUGAGUGCAGUGCGUACCCUGACUUGGCCAGCUGCACCUUCCCUCGCAGACAUUACAGCUCUCACCAUGAGCUAAAGGAGGAGUGUGGCGCUGUGGUGCCUUAUACAGGGAGCAUUAAGGGAGGUGGAGGAGGUGGUGGAAACAACAAUCGCAUCCCUUCUAACCUGCUAGAGCAGUUUGAGCGCCAGGCACCGGUGCGGCGUGAAGGCUACCACACACUGCAGUACAAGCGCACUGCCGUGGAACACCAACGAAGUGACAGCCCUGGUCGAAUACGCCACCUUGUUCACUCUGUCCAGAAGCUUUUCACCAAGUCUCACUCCCUGGAGGGGCCCUCGGGGUCUGGUGGUGGAGGGAGUGGGAGGAUGAAUGGCAGCAAAUCCAGUCCUGAUGACCCACUCUCUUCUUCUGGCACCCUGAAGCACAGUAAGCGCAGUAAGAGCAAAGACCGCUCCAAGUCGGAGCCUAAGAUGCGCACGGCCAUCUCAGGCUACUGGAGCUCAGACGACAUGCUCGACCGAGAGAUGUGCCUCCACCACCAUCACCACGGGGGAAGCAGUGGAGGCCUGCCUACAGGGGUCAUGACCAUGGGUCGCCACCCGGAGAAAUCUCAGUCGCAGUACUUCAUGGAGUCCUACAACACCAUCAGCGCCCACUCGCUCAAGACGUCACGAAGCAACAACGAUGUGAAGUGCUCGACGUGCUCUGGGGCCAGCAGCGGAGGUAUGCCACUGGUGGGAGCCCUGGAUGGACAAGUGCAGCUGAAGAAGAGCUCAUGGUCUUCUACUCUGACGGUGAGCAGAGCGAGAGAGGUUUACCAGAAGGCCUCAGUCAACCUAGAUAAAGCUCUAGUGAAAGCCGAGCAGGGACGCACCUGCCACUUCCUACAGGUGCCUCAGGAUGACUGGAGCAGUUUCUCGCCGCUGGGGAAGGAUGACGAGAUCCCAUGCCGACGGAUGCGCAGUGGCAGCUACAUCAAGGCCAUGGCAGAAGAAGACAGCGGCGACUCGGACUGCAGUCCCAAACCCUCGCCCAAGGUCCAGGCACGACGAGCCAGCUACCUGAAGGCCACGCAGCCGUCCCUCACAGAGAUGACCACACUCAAGAUUUCCACAGAGCAUUCGCCCAAGCUGCAGAUCCGGAGUCACAGCUACCUGCGGGCGGUGAGUGAGGUUUCCAUCAAUAGAAGUCUGGACAGCUUGGACCCGGCAGGGCUGCUGGCCUCGCCUAAAUUCCGCUCACGAAACGAGAGCUACAUGAGAGCCAUGAGCACCAUCAGCCAGGUGAGUGAGGUGGAGGUGAACGGGCAGAUCGAGGCUGUGUGUGAGUCAGUGUUCAGUGAAAUGGAGUCGCAGGCGGUGGAUGCCCUGGACCUGCCCAUACCGAGCUGCUUCCGCAUGCGGAGCCACAGCUACGUGCGUGCCAUCGAGAAAGGCUGCUCGCAGGAAGAGGAGGAGGGAGGCGUCAGGAGGACCAACUCAUCCCCGCGUACCACCACCGUCAGAACCAUCCAGAGCAGCACAGUGUCAUCAUGCAUCACCACCUACAAGAAGACGCCUCCCCCGGUCCCACCACGGACCACCCCGUCCAAACCCUUCAUAUCCAUCACGGCACAGAGCAGCACCGAGUCCGCUCAGGACGCCUACAUGGACGGGGGCUCCGGCACGCGGACGGGCAUCAGCUCCCAGCCGGGCCUGUCCAACUCCACUGAGAGCAUCGACAGCAUGAAGGCCCUGACGGCAGCCAUAGAGGCGGCUAACGCGCAGGUGCACGGCCCAGCCAGCCAGCAUGUCAGCAACAGCACAAUCACCAUCACUGCCACCGCCACCACCUCUGCCGUCGCGCACGUCUCCGCAGACAGCAAGGCGCAGAGGGAAGCGCUCCGCAAGUGCCUCUCCAUAGGGAUCCAGGUGGACCCGGAGGAAGGAGGGCCGACGGAAGAGCAGUCUAAAUUCCAGUCGAUAGGAAUUCAGGUGGAGGACGAACGAUGUUACCGCAGGAUGACCCGCUCCAACAGCGUAACCACGGCGGUGCAGGCUGACCUCGACGACCCAUCAGACGCCCCGGAGCUUCCCCCGCGCCACUUUGCCACCAUGCCACGGCAGCUGUCCCGCGAUGCUGCCUCUUCCACAGUCAGCAUCCAGGGCUCUGGGAACCACUACCACGCUUGUGCCGCUGACGACUAUGGGGAGGUGGGGUUCGACCCUUCAAUCCUUCCCCCACCAGACCCUUGGAUGGACAGUGUGGCAGAGCCAGAGGUGGAGGCUCUGCAGGCUGUCGGACGAUCGGUGUGCCCCCCUGACGGCCGCUGGUUCCUCAAGUUGCUGCAGGCUGAGACGGAGCGGAUGGAGGGCUGGUGUCGACGGAUGGAGCAGGAUGUGAUGGAGAAUGAGCUGCCUGAUGAGAUCCUGGGGAAGAUCCGCAGUGCAGUGGGGAGUGCCCAGCUGCUGAUGUCCCAGAAGUUCCAGCAGUUCCGGGAGCUGUGUGAAGAGAAUCUGAACCCAAAUGCAAACCCACGGCCCAUCUCCCAGGACCUGGCCGGUUUCUGGGACAUGCUCCAGCUGUCUAUCGAGAACAUUAGCCUGAAGUUUGAUGAACUCCACCAACUCAAAGCCAACAACUGGAAACCUCUGACCCCACCAGAAAUUCAGGAGAGAAGGAUGCCCCCUCCUGUGCCAAAGAAGCCCCUGAAGGGCCACCACCCUUCCCUGGCUAGGGACCGCUCGCUGGAGAGCUCUGAGCGCCAGCGUCUGGAGGCUCGCAAGCGCCUGCUAGCCGCCAAACGUGCCGCGUCGGUUCGGCAGAGCUCUGCUACAGAGAGCGCAGACAGUAUCGAGAUCUAUAUCCCAGAGGCUCAGACCAGACUAUGA